ACUGCGGACAGUACAGGGGAUGACCAGAGACUGCGGACAGUACAGGGAAUGACCAGAGACUGCAGACAUAUUACAGGAGAUGACCAGAGACUGCGGACACAGUACAAGGGAUGACCAGAGACUGCGGACAGUACAGGGGAUGACCAGAGACUGCAGACACAGUACAGGGGAUGACCAGAGACUGUGGACAGUACAGGGGAUGACCAGAGACUGCGGACAACAGUACAGGGGAUGACCAGAGACUGCAGAGAGUACAGGGGAUGACCAGAGACUGCGGACAGUACAGGGGAUGACCAGAGACUGCGGACAGUACAGGGGAUGACCAGAGACUGCGGACAGUACAGG